CGGGCCGAGCCUAGCUUAUCAGGAACGGGCCAACGGCGUCAACGUGUCGUCAUAGUCAGCAACGCGCAGUAUAUGGGUUCGAAUCUCACGUCAAAAUUAAGUUGUCCAGGACAUCCCGGAGGGUGAAAGAGAAAAAAAAAAAUGAAAAAAUCAUUUUGCCUCUCGAUCUUGAUUUGAACGGGAAUUUUCUUUUUAAAUAAAUAAAAAAGUUAAUAUCACCUGUAUUACCUGUUAUAUCAGUUUGAAGAAGAAAAGAGAGCUUCCGUAGUGGCACCAUUUAAAACUUAUGGAGCCUCGGUUUCGGCGGGCAUUCGGAGUUCUCCAUUUUCCCCAAGCUUCAAAAAUUGCUACCUCUUAUAUAUGUAUCGCGAACCUCGAACCGUUAGAUCAUUAUAGUGAGGUUUCCCCAGACUCUCCACUCUCCUCUCCUCAUUUCUUUCUUUAAUUAACCCUCUUUCUUAAUUCUGUGAUCUGUCCUAUUCUUCUCUUCUUAUUCUCAUUCUCAUUCCUGCCCUCCUCCGAUUUCGUAGCCAAUUGUGCUUUUAUGCUUGUAUUAGUAGAGAACCGCUGGUGUGCCCCUCGCUGCUGUCUUCGUUGCUUGCCUCUCUAGGCCUCACCUUAGCAGGAGCUUUUGAGCUCGAAUCGAGACCAAUAUGGCUUCGCCUGUAGCGUCCGCAGCUCUGAAAGCUCGAGUUCAUCGACCUUCUAUGCUAAAGAAGCUAUGUCGACCCGAGGACUUGCUUCACCAUUUCCCAAAUGGUGCCUAUAUUGGCUGGUCGGGUUUCACUGGCGUAGGCUAUCCCAAGAAAAUGCCCACGUUUCUAGCGGACCAUGUCGAAAAGAACAACCUUCAGGGUAAACUCCGAUACACAUUAUUUGUCGGCGCGUCCUCAGGGGCGGAAACGGAGAACCGAUGGGCAUCACUUGACAUGAUUGAGAGGCGGAGUCCUCACCAAGUCGGCAAGUCUAUCGCGAAGGGUAUUAAUGAGGGAAAGAUCAAGUUCUUCGACAAGCAUUUAUCUAUGUUUCCCGUAGAUCUGGUAUAUGGAUUUUACACCAUGGACAGGCCGAGCAACAAGUUAGAUGUCACGGUGGUUGAAGCUUCGGAAAUUAAGGAAGAUGGAAGCAUCGUCCCUGGCGCAUCGGUUGGUGCAACGCCAGAGCUCGUCCAGCUUGCAGACAAGAUCAUUAUAGAAGUCAACACGGCCAUCCCCAGUUUCGACGGACUCCACGAUAUCACAAUGACCGACUUGCCCCCCAGACGAAAACCUUACUUAAUCAUGGGAGUUGAAGACCGUAUUGGAACCACAUCUAUCCCUAUUGACCCGGAGAAGGUUGUCGGUGUUAUCGAGUCUGACUACCAAGACCAAACGACACAUAACACGCCUGCUGAUGAGAGCUCCCGUGCGAUCGCAAACCACCUAAUCGAAUUCUUUGAACACGAAGUUAAACAUGGUCGCAUGCCCAAAUCUCUUCUUCCCCUGCAAUCUGGUAUCGGCAACAUCGCGAACGCUGUCAUCGGUGGGCUCAGCGAGUCUAACUUCUGGAACCUGAAAGUGUGGACUGAGGUUAUCCAAGACACAUUCCUCGAUCUGUUUGACUCUGGCCGCCUUGACUUCGCUACUGCAACCUCGGUCCGUUUCUCCCCUGAAGGUUUCAAGCGCUUCUACGACAACUGGGAGGCGUACCGCAACAAGCUGCUUCUGCGUUCGCAACAGGUUUCCAACUCUCCCGAGAUCAUCCGCCGAUUGGGUGUAAUUGGCAUGAACACGCCCGUCGAGGUUGAUAUCUACGCCCACGCUAACAGCACGAACGUGCUGGGAAGCCGAAUGUUGAACGGACUAGGCGGUUCCGCUGACUUCCUGCGCUCGGCUAAGUACAGUAUCAUGCACACUCCUUCGACGCGGCCGUCUAAGACGGACCCCAUUGGUGUCAGCUGUAUCGUACCCAUGUGCACGCACGUAGACCAGACCGAGCAUGACUUGGACGUCAUAGUGACGGAAACCGGUCUUGCCGAUGUUCGGGGCAUGAGCCCCCGCGAGCGUGCGCGCGUCAUCAUCGAGAAGUGCUCCCACGAAGAGUACCGCCCCAUCCUCAAGGACUACUUCGAGAAGGCCGAGUUCGAAUGCCUGAAGAAGGGCAUGGGCCACGAGCCGCACCUGCUUUUCAACAGCUUCGACAUGCACAAGGCAUUAGUAGAGGAGGGCAGCAUGCGCAAGAUCAAGAAGUGGUAAAACAAAGAAGGACAGGUUUUACAACGCGUGUAAGAAAGAUGAUGAAUGAGAAGGCGGAUGCAUAUUGAGGGUUGCAUAUUGGGAUUUCGUGCACUAAAAGGUAUCUCUAUUUCGGCUCAAGUAUAUACGCGAUUCUGGUUACCGUUAGGGCGUACGUUGCCGUUUCCUUGGGCUAUGCGUUAACAUCGGGGAGAGAAGACCUAUGAGACUCAACAGUAGUGUGAGUAUAAUGCCUAAGUAGAUACAAAAGUUUCCAAUGACAUAUUCGUCUUGGACUUUGGAUAAAUUAAAAAAAAAAUAAAAAACUAAAUUAUAA